CAUUUUCCGAACUACUCUUAUCCUCUUUUUCAUCCGAUACAAACCCACACAAGAGAGAACACCAAAGAGCAGCACCUCGCUUCAGCUGCAAUGGCGUUAUCUCCCGCGCUUUUACACUCCACCGCCUCCACAUUCCACGGCCAAUUCUUCGUUCGAUUGCCCUCCGGUAACUUCUCUUGCCCUCGCUCCGGUGGCCUAUCCGUCAAAGCCAUGUCGUCGGUUGUCCUGGUGGAGAAAACCGAAGCCGAGAAAGUCAACCGGCUCAAGACCGUUUACCUCGAGAGAAUCAUUCCUUUGCUCAAAGAAGAGUUCAACUACACCAACAUUCACCAGGUACCAAAGAUUGAAAAGGUUGUAGUGAACUGUGGAAUUGGAGAUGCUGCCCAGAAUGCGAAGGGUUUGGAAGCAGCAAUGAAUGAUUUGGCACUUAUUACUGGACAAAGACCAGUUAAGACAAGAGCAAAGAAGGCCAUUGCCACUUUCAAGAUUAGAGAAGACCAGCCACUUGGUAUUGCUGUCACCCUUAGAGGAAAUGUGAUGUACUCGUUUCUUGACCGGCUAAUUAAUUUAGGACUUCCCAGGACACGGGAUUUUCAAGGGGUGAGCUCUAAUAGCUUUGAUGGAAAUGGUAACUACAGCAUUGGCUUCCGUGAACAGAGUGUGUUCCCAGAGAUAAGUUAUGAUGUGCUUGGUAAGCCAAGGGGAAUGGAUGUUUGCAUAACAACAACAGCUAGUUCCGAUAAAGAAGCAUAUCGAUUGCUGGCUCUCAUGGGAAUGCCAUUUAGAGAAGGUAGUGGUCCCGCAACGGAGGUGCGAAAGAAGAAGCUCAAGGCUCAUCAUUUUGACUCAAAAUCAAGAUCGAAGCAAAGAACCAAGAAGAAAUAGAAUUCAUUCAUGAAGGAAUUGUGAAUUUUAUUACCAUCACUGGGCUCGUCCUAUUUAUUGAAAAAUGAAGUUUGUCAAGUUUCUUAUUAGACACUUUGAGGUGGCUAUUUGUUCGUUAGUUGGCUGAUUCUUGAAAAUUUUGUUUUCCUCAAUUCCGAAGUACUGUUAUCGGAUCA